CCUUGUGAAAGUGCAUCCGCAGAUUGGCACACACUGAAUUCGCAACUGUAGGUCAGCUGCAUUGGCAUAUACAACACCGUACUUCCUACUUGCAUUCUGUUAUAAUAACUGAUAAUCAUGAGGGAGAUCGUUCACCUCCAGGCCGGACAAUGCGGUAACCAGAUCGGCGCCAAGUUUUGGGAGGUGAUCAGUGAUGAGCAUGGCAUCGAUCCCACAGGAAGUUAUCAUGGAGACAGCGACCUGCAGCUGGACAGGAUUAGCGUCUACUACAAUGAGGCUUCAGGUGGGAAGUACGUCCCAAGAGCCAUCCUGGUGGACCUGGAGCCUGGUACCAUGGACUCGGUCCGCUCCGGGCCCUUCGGACAGAUCUUCAGACCUGACAACUUUGUCUUUGGCCAGAGUGGAGCAGGUAACAACUGGGCCAAGGGCCACUACACAGAGGGGGCUGAGCUGGUAGACUCAGUCCUGGAUGUGGUGAGGAAGGAGGCUGAGGGCUGCGACUGUCUCCAGGGCUUCCAGCUCACCCACUCCCUUGGCGGGGGCACCGGCUCUGGCAUGGGCACCCUGCUCAUCAGCAAGAUCCGCGAGGAGUACCCCGACCGCAUCAUGAACACCUUCAGUGUGGUGCCCUCCCCCAAGGUGUCUGACACAGUGGUGGAGCCCUACAACGCCACCCUGUCUGUCCACCAGCUGGUAGAGAACACAGACGAGACCUUCUGUAUUGACAAUGAGGCUCUCUAUGACAUCUGCUUCCGCACACUCAAACUUAGCACGCCAACCUACGGUGACCUCAACCACCUAGUCUCUGCUACCAUGAGCGGCGUCACCACCUGCCUGCGUUUCCCCGGCCAGCUCAACGCCGACCUCCGCAAGCUGGCCGUCAACAUGGUGCCCUUCCCCCGCCUGCACUUCUUCAUGCCCGGCUUCGCCCCACUCACAGCCAGGGGGAGCCAGCAGUACCGCGCCCUCACCGUGCCCGAGCUCACCCAGCAAGUGUUCGAUGCCAAGAACAUGAUGGCAGCCUGUGACCCUCGCCACGGGCGCUACCUCACCGUGGCGGCCAUCUUCAGAGGCCGCAUGUCCAUGAAGGAGGUGGACGAGCAGAUGCUGAACGUGCAGAACAAGAACAGCAGCUACUUCGUAGAAUGGAUCCCCAACAACGUGAAGACUGCCGUCUGCGACAUCCCGCCACGUGGCCUCAAGAUGGCCGUCACCUUCAUCGGCAACAGCACGGCCAUCCAGGAGCUGUUCAAGCGUAUCUCCGAGCAGUUCACCGCCAUGUUCCGCCGCAAGGCCUUCCUCCACUGGUACACCGGCGAGGGCAUGGAUGAGAUGGAGUUCACUGAGGCCGAGAGCAACAUGAACGACCUGGUGUCCGAGUACCAGCAGUACCAAGAUGCCACUGCAGAGGAGGAAGGCGAGUUUGAGGAGGAAGAGGUUGAGGAUGCUUAGAGACUGGAACACAAGCAGGAGAAGAGGGUGAAGAAAAUGAGAAAAUAAGAAAAUCAAGUAACAAAAAUGGCAAAACGGACAAAAUGACCAAAAAAAUCAUUAAGAAUGUAGAAAAUGAGUAAGGCGAGGCCCAAAUGCAUUCCCUGAUAUGAAGGUUUGAAUCCUUAAAAUGGCUGGAUUGGUUUAUGGAAGAGCAGACUGGUAGAAUGUGCAUGUGAUGAAGGGUUGGGAGGAUGAAGGGAUGGGAGGAUGAAUGUACAGGACAGGAGGAGGGGGAUCAACUUUACAUGACCAAAUAAAUCUUGCCACAGUAUUCAUCUUA